AGAAAAUCCUCCCCCGAACCCGGAAGCUGUCCCGAAUCGGUAGAGAGUCAUUCAAGCUGCUCCGAGUAAAACCGGCCUCUGUGGGGAUAAAGUUCACACCAGGCGGCUCGUAUAUAUUUAUUCGAACAUAGUUUGAAGCAGAGGGAAGUAUGGCUGGUCGGCUGCCGGCUUGUGUUGUUGACUGUGGCACGGGGUACACAAAGCUUGGUUAUGCAGGAAACACAGAACCACAGUUCAUCAUACCUUCAUGUAUCGCGAUCAAGGAAUCGGCCAAGGUCGGAGAUCAGGCUCAGCGCAGGAUGAUGAAGGGCGUCGAUGACCUGGACUUUUACAUCGGAGAUGAAGCCAUCGACAAACCAUCAUAUUCAACAAAAUGGCCCAUUCGUCAUGGGAUAGUGGAGGACUGGGACCUGAUGGAACGAUUUAUGGAGCAGAUCAUCUUCAAGUAUCUGCGGGCAGAACCUGAAGACCAUUACUUUCUUUUGACAGAGCCUCCUCUUAACACACCAGAAAACCGAGAGUACACAGCAGAGAUCAUGUUUGAAUCGUUCAAUGUCCCAGGUCUUUACAUCGCUGUUCAGGCUGUCCUGGCGCUGGCUGCCUCCUGGACAUCCCGACAGGUCGGAGAGCGGACACUCACAGGAACUGUAAUUGACAGCGGAGACGGAGUCACACACGUCAUCCCAGUGGCUGAAGGUUACGUCAUAGGCAGCUGCAUCAAGCACAUCCCCAUUGCUGGUCGAGACAUUACGUACUUCAUCCAACAGCUGCUGAGGGAGCGAGAAGUGGGGAUUCCUCCUGAGCAAUCUCUGGAGACGGCUAAAGCUGUCAAGGAGCGCUUCAGCUACGUCUGCCCUGACCUUGUCAAGGAGUUUAGCAAGUACGACACAGACGGCUCCAAGUGGAUCAAACAGUACACGGGCGUCAACUCCAUCUCCAAGAAGGAGUUCAACAUCGACGUUGGCUACGAGCGUUUCCUGGGGCCUGAGAUCUUCUUCCAUCCUGAGUUUGCCAACCCAGAUUUCACACAGCCGAUCUCAGAAGUGGUGGAUGAAGUCAUCCAGAACUGUCCCAUCGACGUCAGGCGUCCACUGUACAAGAACGUCGUUCUCUCCGGAGGCUCCACCAUGUUCAGGGACUUUGGCAGACGCCUGCAGAGGGACCUCAAGAGAAGUGUGGAUGCUCGUCUCAAGAUAAGCGAAGAGCUGAGCGGCGGCAAGUUAAAGCCUAAACCUAUUGAUGUGCAAGUCAUCACUCAUCACAUGCAGAGAUACGCUGUUUGGUUCGGAGGAUCAAUGCUGGCAUCUACUCCCGAGUUCUACCAAGUGUGCCACACUAAGAAGGAUUACGAGGAGAUCGGGCCGAGCAUCUGCCGCCACAAUCCCGUGUUCGGAGUCAUGUCUUAGGUCCCGGGGGGAGACGCAGGAAGCACCACAAGACCUCACACGCUGUGGAAGUCCCAUGAGCCUUUGCACAGAUGCUCCGACAGGCCUGUUCAUUUAAAGUGAGCGACAGUGGACCAAACAAACUGCCAAAAACACAGGCAACAUCCUCGCAAAUUUAGAGGAGAGAGGUGACUCAGCCCAAAGGAUCCUCAAAUAAAAAUGUUUACUGCAGUAGGUUAAUAAUAGGUGAUCGAUCUUUAAUUUCUGUGUGCCUCAUAUAUGUGUGUACUUAUUCUGUCCUCACAGGGUUGUGACGUGUAAUUAGUCAACAUAAAAGAGUCCUGUAUAAAAUGCACUUCUGUGUGUAAGGGUUGAAAUCUUGCUGUGUGUUAUAUACUCUAAAAUAUGGAAUCAUCGGGGGUUGUUACGAGAACCGGGACAUAUCAUCAGGGCUGCAACUAACGAGUAUUUUCAUACUUUUAUGGUCUGUAAAAUAUUAAAAAAAAUGCUGAUCAGUGUUGACGCCAAACCUGGAAAUGAUGAUUUUUCUCAAAAUGAGUGAGUUUUAACGAUUUCUUUGUUACAUGGAGCAAAGAAAAGCAGAGAAUAUUCACAUUCGAGAAGUUGAGAAAUCAGAAAAGAAACACUCAAAGCGAUGAAUCGUUAAUCAGAAUAAGUAAUCGUUUAAUCAAAUGAUAGUUGCAGCCCUACAUAUCACAUAUUCACAAACAAAUCGUUGAAUGGGUGCAAACGUAUGAAAUGUAAAAAAAACAACAACAAAGCCCUGUCCUCUUAACUUUUUUUGUGGGUGUCUUUUCUUGCUCAGUAUCUGGGGAAAAAAAAAAACAACAAAAAAAAAGUUUUUCAGGUUUACCGAGACAAUUUGUCCUCUUUCCUUUUCUUUCUUUAUUUCUGCAGCAGCUUUGCUUCAUAUUUGUUUUUCAUAUUAAUCACCUCUUGAACAGCCUGUCUUGGAAAGAAGAAAAAUCAGAAAAAAAAAGUUGUGUUAAUAAUAUAUGAACAUGCAGUUUGAAAGACUGUUGGUCGACCAUCACUGUUGCCUAGAACUCAGUUAUACUGGAUAGCCUUGUACUGUACCAAAUCUGGAUUUCAAUGCUGGCAUUCCAAUAAAUGCCAAGGAGAUAUUUC